GAGAUUGGUCAAUGCUCAGUUACCCCAUGCAAAGGGAGUGAAAGUCACUUUGCUCUUGUUGAUGGUUAUAAGUGUAUUUGUGUCCUGCCUGGAGACGGCGCUAAAUGUAUUAAAGAUAAGUGUGCUAGUGAUCUUUGCCACAACGGAGCUGUGUGCAUCAAGAAUGAGACGACUUACCAGUGUAUCUGUCCAAUAGGGUUCCAUGGAAAACACUGUGACCAAAUAAAUUGGUGUGCUGGUGAUCCUUGUCACAAUGGAGGUGUGUGUAUCUACAAUGAGACGGCUUACCAGUGUAUCUGUCCACCAGGGUCCUAUGGAAGACAUUGUGAUCAAAUAUAUUGGUGUGCAAGUGAUCCUUGUCUCAAUGGAAGUAUGUGUAUCAACAAUGACACGACUUACCAGUGUAUCUGUUCACCAGGGUUACGCGGAAGACACUGUGAUCAAAUAAAUUGGUGUGCUGGUGAUCCAUGUCUCAAUGGAGGUGUGUGUAUCAACAAUGAAACGUCAUACCAGUGUAUCUGUCCAACUGGGUUCCAUGGAAAAAACUGCAGUGAAAUAAAUUGGUGUGCUGGUGAUCCUUGUCACAAUAGAGCUGUGUGUAUCAACAAUGAGACGACAUACCAGUGUAUCUGUCCACCAAGAUUCCAUGGAAGACACUGUGACCAAAUUAAUUGGUGUGCUGGUGAUCCUUGUCUCAAUGGUGCUGUGUGUGUCCACAAUGAGACGACUUACCAGUGUAUCUGUCCACCAGGAUUCCAUGGAAGACAUUGUGAUCAAAUAAAUUGGUGUGCUGGUGAUCCUUGUCUCAAUGAAAGUGUGUGUAUCAACAAUGAGACGACCUACCAGUGUAUCUGUCCAACAGGAUUCCAUGGAAAACAUUGUGACCAAAUAAAUUGGUGUGCUGGUGAUCCUUGUCUUAAUGGAGGAGUGUGUUUCACGAAUGAGACGACCUACCAGUGUAUCUGUCCAGCAGGAUUCCAUGGAAAACACUGUGAUUACAAUUGGUGUGCUGGUGAUCCUUGUCACAAUGGAGCUGUGUGUAUCAACAAUGAGACGACUUACCAGUGUAUCUGUCGAACAGGAUUCCAUGGAAGACAUUGUGAUCAAAUAAUUGAAAAUUCGACCACAGCCGAGUCAAACAUUGCCCUUGCAGCUGCCCAAAAGACGAGCCCUGGCAGUAUCACCGUUGUGGUCCCUUCUGUCGCAGCAGCUGGAGUGGUGCUGGUAUGCGUGGUUUGCAUUGCCGCUGCAUUGUGGAAGCGGAAACGGAAGAAAAGGAAAAUUAAACCUGCCCCGAGUGAUGCCCCCUUGGACCAAGAAGAACAAAAUGACGUAGAUGAUGAUGAAGACAUUUCAUGUUCUCCUCCUUCAGAAGCCGUUAUCGCAGACCCCCCAGCAACUGCCGUUUUCUCAGCGACUCCUUCUGGAUCAAGCUCCGAAAGGUUACACACCGGAAAUAGUGAGAAUAGUAAGGGCGACUUGGACCGAGAGGAACAAGCUGACGUAGAAGAUGAUGAUGAAGGGACUCCAUGUUCUCCUCCUUCAGAAGCCGUUAUCGCUGAUCCCCCAGCAACUGCCCUGUUCCCAGCGACUUCUUCCGGCUCAGGCUCCGAAGGGUUACACAUCGGAAGCAGUGAGAAUAGUCAUGGCGACUUGAAAGUGAUCGAUCCUGGACAAUCGGAUCAAAGUCAUGGUAUUACGGCUUCAGGUGACGAAGCACACCUCGUCGGAAGUUCGAAGAAAGCACUCCCUCGGCGACUGCCGCCUUUGCACACAUAAAAUUGUGUACAAUGCCACAGUAGUAUAGGGUGUUUUGUAUUUUUUUCGCCAUAUUUGAUAUAACAAAAGGGAAAUAAGGAUGAAUUGCACAAUGUACAGUGUAUAUGCGAAUUUCUGCUUGGACACUGAGAAGGGACAGCCUUGCCAGCCGAACUUUGUGCCAAUUGUGAUUUUUUCAGAGGUAUGGACAUGGUCUACCUUGGAGAUCAAGAGACAAUUGCUGCAAAUUCCAGGAAUUUAUGUUACUAUGCCACUAUUUAACACGCACUGUAUGCUCUAUAACCUUCUAUGUCUAACCAGAACCACGUAAUAAUAAAGCAAUAGAAGAUGAUGAUGCCGCCUUUGCAUGCACAUUAUGGCUUAAAACGCAGUAGUAUACAGUAGCAUAGGGUGUAAAGUACUAUUGUUUUUUUUUUUUUUUUUUUUUUUUUUUUUUUUUUUGCGGUAUGUUAUACCUGAGUAAUGAUGGCAGUGCUAGGUUGAUACCAGGCCAGAGAUUGCUUAUGCUUACCAAAACCAACAUGAA